AUGGCUGCUCCCAGUCUCAAUGCGGUUAGAGUGAGGCUGUAUUUUGACUAUCCGCCCCCAGCCCUGCCGGACUGUCGUAUGUGCUGGCUUUUAGUAAACCUUAACAAAUGUCGCGUCAUCGCGGAUCUGGCCAGCGUUAUUCGGGAAAAGUUUAACUACAGCCGCAAAACUAUGUUAGACCUCUUCAUUGAGGAUUGCUACCUCCCUCCUCCAGAGAGCAUCUACGUCGUUCGUGACAACGACAGUAUUAGGGUGAAGGUUGCCAGCUUACCUCCUGUAAAUGAAUCGGAGCCCAGUAAACACUCAGGUAUACCCGACCAUAAAGGCAAGAAGAGGAGGAGAGAGGAGCAGGAACAGUCAGUGGCGGGGUGUUUGAGCGAGGGACCACAACAAAAAAAGGAGAAAUCCCAAGUCAAUGGAUCCCUGGAAACUGGGCAUAAGAAAAAGAAAACAAAGAAAGACAAGAAAAAGAAAAAGGAAGAAAAGCAGGUUGUCAGCAAGCCGGAGGUUGUUACCCCAAAACAAACAGUCCCCUCAAAGUCACUGCCAGACAGAACAAGUAAACCAGCAGCGGUCUCUGUUCCCACUGCCAGAAGGAAAUCAAGUGAAUCCUCCUCAGACUCUUCAGAUAGCAGUGAAGAGGAAACCCAGAAGAAAACCACUCCAGCCCGGCCUACUCCUAAACAGUCCAGCACCAUCAAAAAGUCAACUGUCAUUCAAAAAAGCUCCUCAUCAGACUCCUCCUCUGACGACGAGGUGGUUCCUCCGUCCCGCAAAAACAAUCCCUCUGUUACACCGAAACCGCCGGCUGUCACAAACUCAAACAUUCCAGCCCAGAAACCAUCUCAGACUUCCUCAGACUCCGACUCCGACUCCGACUCCUCCUCGCCGUCUGCGAGUUCCGUAAAAAAAAAACCCCACCCUCAGAAAUCGCCUGCCGUCACCCGAACACCCGCAGUUCAGCCGCCUCCAGCGCCAGCUCUCUCAGCGUCUACUCCCAUUGUGAAGAAGCCCCAGGCUGCGUGUGAGAGCUCGGACUCGGACAGCAGCAGUGAGACAGAGCUGGUCAUCAAAAAACCAAACUUACAGGGGUCGGGACUCAAUAUACGACCCCCUCACGUCGGGGAGUCUACUGGGAGGGAGUGGGGGGAAAAGAGGAGCCCGUGGAGAGGCAGGGGUCGGGGCGGGAACCGAGGAGGUGGGAGAGGUGGGUUUGGGAGGGCUAGAGGAACGCCAUGGAAACAGGACUACCAUUACAGCUAUGAAGAAAGCAAGAGGCUGAACUUUAAUGAUUCUCUCAGCAACAAGAGUCUAAUUCUACAGAAUCCCCCAGCGCCGCUCCCCAAACGAGACUACAGUGCACUGCCUCUACUGGCAGCACCACCCCCAGUGGGACAGAAGAUUGCUUUCAAGCUUUUGGAGUUAACAGAAAGCUACACUCCUGAAGUGUCAGAGUAUAAAGAAGGGCUGAUCAUUGGAUACAACAACAGCACUAAUGUCAUUGAGAUGGAACUGCUCACCGGGACUCAGGGUCCAGCUGAGCCCGGUAAGUUUGACCUGGUGUAUCAGAACCCGGACGGCUCAGAGAGUGUGGAGUACGCCGUCACUCGUGGAUCUCAGCUGACUGAGCAGUGGGAUUCUUUGCUGGAGCCGAGGCUCAUUGUGGAGAAUGUGGCUUGAGAGACAGACAAAGCAGGCGAGCUCUGGAGCCCACGUCACGCAGACCAGGGGCAA